AUGGAAUUGCUUCCGAAUGUCGAACAGCUUAGAGAGCUUGUGUUCGCAGGUCACUGUGAGUACGUCAUGGAUCGCGAGGCCGACACAAUUGACAAUCCUGACGGAGAAACGGACGAAGGUCAACUCGCUGAAGUGUAUGCACUAGAAGUGUACCGCGAAGAAAUUCGGCGAGCCGAGCAGCUCAUGUUAGAUGAGGCGGUUGCUAUGAGUUUCCAUGCAAAGGAUGAGCACAGGCUAUUGAACCCCACUAUUAUCGAGCUGGACACUGACAGUGACGACGAUGUGAUUGUGCUUGUCGCUCAAGACGAGGAGGAAGCGAAACGACCGCCGAAUUGCACGUGCUGCUGUGCGCCUCUCACGAACGAAAGCACUCGCCGCAUGUUAUCCUGCGGUCAUCUAUACUGCACAAAGUGUAUUGCGACGCGCUGUCGCAUGGGCGUUCGCGAUCGCUCGAUGGUGCCUGCCCACUGUUGUCAACGAGAGUUCCCGUCCGACUAUGUUGCAGAAGUAUUGAGCGCUGCCGAGUUGACUACCUACGAGCGCUUUUUGAAAGAAAAGCCGUGGCGCUCACUAGACCUCGAGUCGGAUCGCGAGUACGCCAAUAUGGUGCAGCUGAACCAUGCAGUGCAGUGUCCUGGCUGUGGCGUGGGUGUGCAAAAGGUUUCGGGAUGCAAUCACAUGACGUGCUUGAACGGCCAUCAGUUUUGCUUCUUGUGUACCAAGCAGUGGAAGACGUGUGAUUGCUACACUUAG